AUGGCGGCGUGCAUCAUACCUUCCCUGCAGAAGAGUAGGCAGUGUCGCCUUCCAGCCCAUGCGAGCUCCACAGCAGCGGAGGUAGCAGGCCUCCACCUUGCCGUCGACCUGCUCACAGAGGAACCCCCGGAGACUCCAGCAGCAAUCUUCUGCGACUCCAAGGCAGCCCUCUUGAGCCUGCAGAGGCCGGAGAGGGCGUGCCUGGGGGUCGCCCUCCUCUCAACGCGACUGGCGGCACUACAGGAUGCAGGUUGCCCGGUGUCCCUGCACUGGAUCCCUGCUCAUGUAGGCAUCCCGGGCAACGAGGAGGCUGAUGCCCUAGCCAAGAGUGCCCACCACGGUGACGUCCCCUUGAGUGCGGCAGUCACAGCCGCGGACUUCACGAGGCUCCGGCUUCAGCGGCACCUCCAGGUGUCCCAUCCUGACAAGCGCGUGUCCUUGGGACACCCCCCACGACAGCUACCGCAACGCGGCCUUGCACGGAGGGAGAGUUCGCUGCUACUCCGGCUGAGAAUCGGCUGUUGCUGGACAGCCGCACGACGCCAUCGGCUUGGCCUCAUCGCCUCACCUGCCUGCGCCUCCUGUGGUGAGCCAGAGACACUGGAGCACCUCCUUCUGGCCUGCCCGGCUCACAACCAACCCCGUGGACUGCUCCUGCAGGAGUUUCGCCGCCUUGGACUUCCCACCACACGACAGGAGGACAUCCUCUUCCCCUGUCGAAACCACCUCCCGGCCCUGCUCAGCGUAGUUGAGUACCUGGACUCGUCAGGGCUCUCAACAACUCUCUAA